UCUUCCGUUGUUUACGGAUUGUGUACAUCCGGUCCAGUCAUGGCCGCCAAGUCUGGCUGUGACGCUGGCGUGAAGCCCCUCCAAAAUGCUAUGAAAAUGGCUAAAUUGGCAAUACAACUAGACGCAGGGAACAGACACAAGGAAGCAUAUUGUGAAUACCUGCGGAGCAUCAGCUUUAUUUCCCAAUCGCUUCUGGAGGAUGCGCUGUCUCAAACGGACGGAGAAAUGGUUGCGGUGGAGAUGGAGAGGAUGCUGAGGUUGGCAGAGCAGUGUUUGGAGAGAGCCAAGUCCUUCAUAGAGCGGCAUGAGGAACCCACCAUCAUCUCCUCACCCACCCAGACCCAAGCCCUAAACCAGAACCAGAACCCAGACCUGAACCAGCCCACAACCCAGGACACUACUGUUGUUGUAGCAGCUAGCUGUGGAGAUUGUGUCACACCACAAGAGGCUGUGGCUGAGAUGAAGCACAGAGCCAAUCCAAGGCUGGGGCACCGCAGGGUUCAAUCUGAAGGAGAGGGUGAGCUCUCUGCCUUCCUGCCCCCCGAAGUCUUCCAGAGACUGCAGACAGCAGUGUCACUGGAUAUGAAAAAGGAGCUUACACCGAUUGAGGAGGCUUCACGUCUGAACCAAAAGCUGAAAGCCAAUUAUCAGGCCCGUUUGGCAAGGCUCCAACCUGGGCAAGCCACUCAGAAGACUUCUCUGAAGCUGUCUCUUCAGCGACAAAUGAUGGAAAACCUGAUCAUAGCCAAGGCAAGGCAGGACGCUCUUCAGAGGAGGAUGGAGGAGAGAAGAUCGAGACUGCAGGAGGAGGCCAACAGGAGAUUUGCAGCAUCUGGUACAGUGACGACAGAGGAGCAGGAGCAAAGGCUUCUGUACACCAACGUUCUGGAGUACGAACAAGACCACAACUGGCCCAAGCUGUGGAAAGAGAAGCUGAAGAAGAGCCCAAAUGAUGACAGCCUGUUGUCCGGUCUAGUUGCACUUCUUCUCAGCCGUGCAGACCACCCAGUGAUGAUGCUCCUAAAGAAGCACCAGUAUCGCGUCUACAACCAUCUGUACCCCCUGGUGAGCAGGGGACCCCCGGCCAGCCCCUCCCCCUCCCUCAAGCCUUCCCGCAGCGCUCAGAACCUGCUCAGCCCAGAACCGCACCAGAAAUCGGGCUCAGACUACAACACCUCGCUGUCCUUCUCCAACGAGCACAACGCGAGUGAGGAGGAGCUGGACAGCGCCGGCCCGGCCAGCCCAGGUACCGACCACUGUGUGGACCGAGAGAACUCGUUUGAGGACCUCGAGCAGUUCUUGACCCCACUGGACUGGGCCCCACCCCAUGGGAAUGCAAGGGUGGACAGUGAUUUGACCUUUGAAGCCUCCACCCAGAUUGAACCCGAGUCUGAGAGCCUCAUCCAUGGGAUGGAGGUCCGCGCCCUCAAAGAGCAUCUGAAGGACAUUGUCAAGGACAUCCACAUCGCCAUAGACCAGCUUCUAUCCCUGUGUCUGCUCUCCUUUGAGUGCCUCAACACAACCACGUCUAAAGACCUGUGUUUGGCCAGCAUUGAAGAGGCCUUCUUCACCCCUCUGUGGAGCCCUCUGCUGGCUCUCUUCAGGAAGGUGAACCGAGACCGGGAGCUGUGUCUGGAGGACAGCAUGCGACUCCACCAUGAGGUGACACCUGGAGACGUGGGUGUCUCAGCUAAACUGUUCCCCCAGGACCCCGCAGUGCUGCAUGGUUCCUACCCCUACGAGUGUGCAGUGCAGGAGCUGCGUUCGAUGUGCAAAGACUCCUGUCCCCAGAGGAAGCUGGAGUGUCUGGUGAGGACAUUGCGUCUCAUCUGUGCCUGUGCCGAAGACUACAGAUGUCUCCACGAGGUGGACUCUGCACCCAAAACAGCUGCCAUCGGUGCAGAUGACCUGCUGCCCAUCCUGUCCUUCGUGGCCCUGAGGUGCGGCUGUCCUCAGCUUCUGUCUGAAUGUGCUGCCCUGGAGGAGUUCAUCCACGAGGGGUACCUGAUUGGAGAGGAGGGCUACUGUCUGACCUCCAUGCAGAGCGCCCUGACGUAUGUGGAGUCGCUCCACACCGGAGGAGGCCUGGACAAACUCACCUGAGCCAGGUUGCUGGUUUGAAAGAAGCUCAGCUUCCAGCAUGCUUCUGCUCUGUUUGUCCACCCCCCUCCCCCCCCCCCCCCCAACCCAACCAAGGUUGUUAAAAUAGCAAAGUUUGACAUAAACGCAAAUGAGAUUAAAAGGAUUCUUUAUUUCAUGUGGUGUAGGGGGUGAGUGAGAAUGUGAGCAGAGGGAAUUAUUUGUGCACUUUCAGUGUUUUGUAUGUGAAAGAUCCAGUUUGUGUUGAUGGUUUCCUGCAUUUCCCAGUCAUCCAAUAGACUGUCAGCUCACUGAAUCAGGGUUUUAAUUAACUGUGGGACAGACAUUACUUGCAUUUUAUUUUGAAUUUUGCACUUUUAGUGUGUAACACUUUUUUGUUAUUUGUUCUGUCAGAUGAAUUGUGUGUGCGUGAAUCCAUGUGCAGGAAUGUCCAAACAUGGCAAAUUGUUACAGCCAGGGACUACAGUGAUACGAUGAUGAUGACUGAAGUUUAGGGAAUUAGCUUCUUCUUCUUCUUUUUUUUUUUUUUUUUUUUUUUUUUUAAGACUUUACAACUUGCAUAUCUGAUUGACCUGGUCAGAGAACAUAAGACUGUGACGUAAAGAGGAGAGAUGGUAAGUGAGUACUUCUGGCCAUUCUAGAGAGCCUGGUGUAAAAAACACAUCUCUUCCUGCAAUUACCUCAGGUGGUGAGAAGAUCCAGGGGUUUAAAACUAACAGGCACCCUCAUUAAUAUGAUGGCUGAUCUGUCUUACGAUUGAUUAAGCAAAUGCAUGUAGUUCUCAGUCCUUCUCACUUCAAAAUCUGUGUUUUAGUAGAAAAGAAAGAAAUGUCAGUUUUUUUUAAGGAAUUGUAAAAGGUCAUUUUGAAGUUCACUGUCUGGGCUCUAAUAUGUGAACUCCUUGUACCUGGUUAAUUCACUUUAGUUUGGUUUUAUACAGUGGAUUUUAGUGCUAUCUGUCUGGUAGUUUCCUUUUUUGCAAUUUAAUGUUUUAUUUUUAAGUGAAAGAAAUAAAAGGGUUAAAAGGUAAUGUGAAAAAAUGUUUCAGAAUUGCGAUUUGAAUUGUAACGCCUUCUAGCCAGGUUAAAUGUGAUAGUUUUUCCUGUGAAAUGUGUGACACCAAAUAAAUGCUUUUCUGUGACAUAGAGAGGCUUGUAAAUGUAUGUAAAUACAGUAAAAUAACCUGGAAGUUGUUUGAACUGUUGAAUGAAACCAGUCCACUUAUACCACUACGGAGAUGACAUGCUGUUUGUUUAAGGAUGGUUUCUAUUCCUCUUGAAGACUCGAUGAAUGUAAACUUUUUUUUGUCCAUUAACCUGAUGCUGUUUUACUCUGCAUACCAUAUAUUUUACUGUGUACAAGAGAAGGUCAAAGUUGUAAAUCCUGGGGAUUUAAAUUAUAGUAAAUAAUAAUAAUAAAGAAGUAGAGA